AUGCCAGCAUUCAACAGCGAAGUCCUGAACGACGUCAAAGCGGCCUGUGAAGCCACGGCCGUGGAAGCUGCCGACGCGUUUUCGCGUGCCUUCGACCAGAAGAUCUUACUUUCCCUCGGCGACGGCAGUUCCUUUGAAGCAGACGCCGAUCUCGCUGAUUGGCAGUCAGCUGGUCUCGCGAUUGUGCUCAACGUCGAAUCCGAAGCCGCGUUGGUGCUUAUUUCGGAAGAGAGCGGACUACUCCCCGAUUGGUACACCGAACCCGAUCCGACCGGCGAAAGCAAGCUGGCUACGCUCGGCCAGGAACUCGGCAUGACCCUUCUGCCGGAAGAGUUCAUGGCGAUGGAGUUCCAAGUGCAAGCGGUCGAAAGUCUCGCCAAUGCUUGCCGCAACGGUGCUCCCGGCGAUGCCCCUGCCAAGCUCCGGCUUCAACUUGAAGUCGGCGGCAAAUCGCGUGAGGCAUUGAUGGUUUGGCCGCUGACAUCGCCCGGCAAUGUGUUUGCCGCCGAUGCCGCGGAACCAGAGCCGUCCGCUGCCGAACCUGCCGCUCCGGCAGCUUCCACGCCGCAAGCGACUUCAUCGGCCGGCACUUCGCCAACAUCUUCGCGCAUUAACAACUUCAACGAGCUUCCCAGCUUCAGCCGCAGUCUUCUGCAUAUUGAAGUUCCGAUUCGCGUGAUCCUGGCCGCGAAGAAGAUGAAAGUCAACGACAUCGUCAACAUGGGUGUCGGAACGAUCAUUCAGUUCGACAAAUCAUGCGAAGACACGCUCGACGUGGAGAUCGGUCGCCAGAAGAUCGCCGAAGGGGAAGCGGUCAAGAUUGGUGACAAGUUCGGUGUCCGCGUUACCAGCAUGACGAUGCCGGAAGAACGGUACAUUGAAAUUCUCCGCGAAGCCGGUGUGGCUGAGCGCGAUAAAGCUAACGUUACACGUUCGGCGCAACCGAUUCACAUGAGAGUGAGUCGAUGCGUCGUUAACGCGGAAUGGGCGUUUCGUAUUUUCAGCGAACGCCUACAAGAUCUAGCAGUGCGUGCUUCGUGGCGCAGCGACGGACAAUACCGACCCAUUCCGCAAAUCGACCUCGUCUUGCUCGGCGACGUGUUCGAUAUCAUGCGAUCCUCUCGCUGGCUGAUCGACGGCCCCAAGCCAUGGCAUGUGCCCGACAGCGAAGAAUUCGCCCAACGUGUCGGCUCGAUCGUAUCGAGCAUCCUCGCACGCAAUUUGGAAACGGCGGCUAUCUUCAAAGGACUCGCGUCGCGGCAAACGAUUCGCGUUCCAGGCAUGACCUCGGACGGCAAGCCAGCAUUCGACGAUGACUUGCAGCCGGUUCCUGUUCGCAUUCAUUACAUGGUCGGCAACGCCGAUUGGCCGCUUCAUGUCCCUGGCGAAGCGAUGAGUAAAGUGCGCGGCACAAUCAUCGAAGCCUUAGGCUUGAACAAUGCCCCAGGUCUUCCUUUCGCACACGAACCUGUCGAAGACUCGCAGUUGCAUGCCGCGCUUCGUCAGCAUCGAAUGUUCGCGCGGCACGGCGAC